GGUCAUCGCGUACGUGGUGGCGCGGUCGGCGCUGGCUGACAUGAACAAGCCGGCGGUCACCGUGUCGUACGAGGUGAGCUCUGCCCGGCCGGCGCCUCACGUUGUGCCACUCGAACAUCACGCCACGCCGACGCCGUCGGCCCACAUAGACCCGGUGAACGAGAGCGACACCGGCUACCGAGACCCGCUGUUCGGUCCGCACGACCCCAACCGCCACUACCACCACGGCAAGGAGAAGCAGUACUUCCAGGUGGGCGUGGUGGACUUCGAGCGGGUGCGCACGCCGUUCGUCAUCGGCUCCUGGAUCCUGGCGGCCAGCCUCGCCAAGAUUGGGUUCCACAUGUUCCCGAAGCUGUCGCACAUGUUUCCCGAGUCGUGCCUGCUGAUCGUCAUCGGCAUCAUCGUGGGCGUCAUCCUGUACUUCGGAGGCCUGGGGGACGUCGAGGCGGCCCACCACCUGGACCCCGACACCUUCUUCCUCUUCAUGCUUCCGCCCAUCAUACUGGACGCUGGCUACUUCAUGCCCAACAGAAUGUUCUUUGAUAACCUGGGAACGAUUCUUCUCUUCGCCGUGGUGGGAACCAUAUUCAACACGUUUACAAUUGGCGGCGGACUGUACCUGGUGGGGCUAACCGGCCUGUACGGGGUCGAGAUGCCCAUACUCAACACGUUCCUGUUCGCCGCCCUCAUCUCCGCUGUCGACCCAGUGGCCGUGCUGGCCGUCUUCGAGGAGAUCCACGUCAACGAGAUGCUCUACAUCGUCGUCUUCGGCGAGUCGCUGCUGAACGACGCCGUCACUGUGGUGCUCUACCACAUGUUCGAGGCUUACGUGGAGAUGGGCGAGAAUAACAUCACGGCGCUGGACGUGGCGGCCGGGCUGCUGAAGUUCUUCGUGGUCGCGCUGGGAGGCACCUUGGUCGGCAUCAUCUGGGGCUUUCUCACAGCAUUCGUCACAAGGUUUACCAGCAGCGUGCGCGUCAUCGAGCCGCUCUUCGUCUUCGUCAUGGCCUACCUGGCCUACCUGAACGCCGAGAUCUUCCACCUGUCCGGCAUCUUGGCAAUCACCUUUUGUGGCUUGACGAUGAAGAACUACGUCAUCUCGAAUGUGUCGGCCAAGUCGCACACCACCAUCAAGUAUACGAUGAAGAUGUUGUCCUCUAGCUGCGAGACAGUCAUCUUCAUGCUGCUGGGCGUGGCCACCGUGCAUAAUCACCACGAGUGGAAUACCUUCUUCGUGCUGUUCACCCUGCUCUUCUGCUCCCUGUUCAGAGCACUUGGCGUGCUCAUCCUGGCCGGGCUGGUGAACCGGGUGCGCAUGCACCAGAUCGCCGGCGUGGAGAAGUUCGUCAUGAUGUACGGCGGUCUGCGCGGCGCCGUGGCGUUCGCGCUCGUGCUGCUCAUCGAUCCGCACCACGUGCCGCAGCAGCAGAUGUUCCUCACCACCACCAUCACGGUCGUCUAUUUCACCGUCUUCGUGCAGGGUAUGACAAUCAAGCCGCUGGUGGAGAAGCUCGGCGUCAAGCGCUCCAACAAGCGGAAGCUGACGAUGAACGAGCGCAUCCACGAGCGCUCGCUGGACCACAUCAUGGCGGGCAUCGAGGACAUCGUGGGCCACCCGGGCCGAUACUACCUGCGCGACAUGUUCAAGCACUUCAACCACAAAUACUUGCGCCCGCUGCUGACCCAUGAGGACACGACCCGCGACCCCAAGAUCAUGGAGACCUUCAGCAAGCUCGCCCUCAAGGACGCCAUGAAGUCGGCCGUCGAUGACGUCAUCAACGGCGGCCAGAAGGGCACGCGCAUGAGGUCGUCACCCUCCUGGGGGGACAUCAUCCGCGAUAACUCGAACUGGAACCUGUCACAGAUGGACAACACCUACAUGCCGGACAUGAACGAGAUCCGCUACAACCCUUCGAUGAAGGACUUGAACGACGCCACCAUCCACCACCUGUUGACCGACGAGCAGAUGAAUCCGCGUUACCGGCGGAGGCGCUGGAGCUACUCCCGCCAUGCCGUCUGCGAUGACGACAUGCACACGCGUCCGGUCAACCACACCAUGCAGCUGUACAUGCGCCAGCGCAUGAUCGACAUGUACCGCGGCAAGAAGCAGAGGAACCAGAACGGACACUCGCCCAGGAAAAAUGUCUCGUUCGCCGUACAGACCAACGGUUCGACGGUGAAACUCAAAGACGAUGAUCUAUAUGACGUCAUAGACGCCGUGCCCCCGUUCGGCGCGCGCGCCGGCCGGUCGGCGUCGGACGCUGAGACGGCUGAGGCGCGGGGCGUCAUCAACUUCCGGGCCAAGGAGACGGCCAGCAGGAACCACUCGGUGUCAAGUGAUGCCGCCCAUCCCAUCACCGAGACGGAGAGCGUGCUGCCCUGGAAGCGGGACGACGAGGUGCUCGUCUGCCACCGGCCGCUCAAGUGGCACAACACGAGCGCGCCUGCCUGGAUCUCCAAUGAGGACUACACUCACUACGCCUCGCCGCCCGAGUCGCUCACCGUGGCGGACGGGCCGGACACGGAGCCGCCGCGGCGCAGCUCCCUCACCAGCUCAUUCCGGGCUGGGCUCAGCUCUCUGCGUUCAUCGCUGCGCCGUCGCCUGGCCGGCUCACGGUCCAGGACCCCGCCGGCGGUCAGCGAGACACCGCCCGGCCAUGCUGGCACGCCGCAGUCCGGCGGUCUGCCGCACAAGAAGGCCUUCUAA